AUGUCUGAGCCCUACGAGCGCUGCCCAGCUCUGCCAGCCACAGGUCCCUCCGCAGCCGUGGGCCACAGAAGGUCCCCGGCAAGGCCACACCCACCCGCGCCGCAGCACCCCAAGGUCACCCCAGUGUCAAAGCGACCCCUGCACUGCCAGCCCCACCCCGGGCUCCGAGGGGUCCCCGAGCGGGACCGGAGCUCAGAGCUGCCGAAGGGCAACAACGGGAGCCCAGCCCUAGGCUGGCACCUCCGCGGAGAGAGGGAACCGCCCCCGCCCCCCAGGUCUGCACGAUGUGACCUGGGGGAGCCUCGGGACCCCCGUCCCGCUACCCGGGGACAAGCCCAUGGCCUGGCAGCCCGGGAUACCCACCGGGCUGAGGCGGGAACCUGUUCCCAGGCACCGGGGGUGCUUCCCCCGUGGAACCCAGGGGGCCCCCGCGAGUGGGACGCGGUUCUCACCGGCCCCGCGGGCUGGGGGCUCGGACGAUACCCAGCCGCGGUUCUGCGCAGCGAGAACCGGCACAACCCGCCCCCACCGCCACAACGUCCCCAGCCUGCAGCCGGGAGCGGGGGGUCCCCGGUCCGGCACCGGGACACGCCACCAGCCUCGGGGAAGGCGGUUGUGGUUCCCGGGGGCUCGGGGCGAUUACCCGGUUCUCCCUCACGAGCUCCAGGACCAGCCAUGCAGCCGGAGAUGCCCGGGGAUACCCCCCCGGCCCCUCUUGGCUCCGGGGGCGUUGCAGGCGAGGGAAGCCCCGGUGCUUCCCCGGGGGAAGCUCAGCUCGGUGCUGCCGGGGACCUCCCUCUCCGCUGCCUCCCGCCCUGCCCGUUCCCAUCGCCGGUGUCCCGGGGAGGAGGGGGCGGGGGAAGAGAAGGGGGUCCUGGUGAGGACUCACCUGCCGUGAGCAGCCCCGCGGCGGCGGAGCGGCCCCGCGCCCCGGGCCGGAGCGGCCGCGCCCCGCGCAGCGCGGCGGGCCCGGAGCCGGCGGCGGCGGGGCCGGUGGGCGGGAUCCUCCGCCCGGGCCUCCCCGGGGCUCCCCGCCCCCGGACCGCCCCGCCGGGGGGGCCGGACAGCGCCGAGCACCCCCGGCCGAGCACCCGGAGCUUUUCCAGCUCCCCUCCCCGCCCCGCGGGAGAGAUUCUGCCCCCGGUCCUCAGCCCAGGAGCUAGCAUCUCCCGGAGAGACCCCCGUCCCGCCGCCUGUGCCCUCCCCGCCCCCGAAUCGUCUCCUGAGCAUCCCCGGACCUCCGGACCCGCCAGUCCCCCGGUGCUCUGCACCCCGCGGCUCUAUCCCCGCCGCCUCCCAUUGUCCAGAACCCUCCCAGCUCCUCCACAGACCCCGGGGCGAGCAGGACCCCCACACACACUGCGGCGGGAUCGGGGUCUCCACACACACCGGCAGCCCCCGCCCGGCACCGGCAUCGUUUCCUCGGGGAAACCCGAGCUGGGGCGGGGAGGACGGAGGGCAGGAGGGGCCCGAAGCGGCUCCCCAGCCCAGCCCCAAGCUGCCCAGGACCGGGGCUCGCUGGACCGGGCAGGAGCUCCGUGCUGCACGGGGUCCCGCCGCCCCGGAACACCAGAGGGGCCGGCUCAGGACCAUGGAGAGCGGCCGCCGUUACCGGGCCCCGGUGCGUCCGGGGUCUCCGAGCUGGCCGAGACCCCCCCCCCCCCCCCCCCCCCCCCCCCCCCCCCCCGCUGCUGCUCAGGACACCACCGAGGCUGCAGCUCCGCCAUCACCGAGGGGCGACCCAAUGGGACCCCGGGUUGCAGGGCCAAGGUCGGGCCCUCCCCGCGAUGGAGCAGCGGCCGCCAGCGCCCCGGUCCCGGUUCUCCCGGCGGGAGGGAGAGCCCGGCCCUGGGCGGCCGCAUUGUGCCGCUGCUCGGGGAGGACCAGGCGGUUAGCAGGCUCCUGGCCUGGAUCUCGGCUCCGUUAGAACAAAACCUGCCGGGAGAGACGCGGCCGGGCAGGGCCGGAGCCAGAUGCCCUCCCGGGACCCUCCACGCUCCCGGGGGAAGACGCCCGGGCUCCAGCCGGGGCCGAGCCGGUGGUGCAGCAGGAGCCGGGACCGGUUCCACACUUCAGGGUGCUGCAGCCAGCGAGGGGAUUGGUGGUUUGGCACACACCAGGGGUCAGGAUGCCCGUCUCCACCUGGCAUGGAGGCUCCGGGGCACCCGCCUCGGGGAACCCUCGGUGCCUUCUGUACCCAGCAGCGCUGUGAACUCACCCCGGCCGAAGCGGCAGGCUGGGAGCUGCCACGCAGGGCCAGGGGUGCUGCGAGUGGCACCGGCUGAGCUGCAGCAUGGGCAGCCAGGGAGCAUCACCCUCCCCAGCUCAGGACUGACCGAAUCGCGGUACCGUGAACCGGAGGAGCCACCGGUCCCCAGCAGCGGACCGCGCCAGAAGAGCUGCAAACCCUCCCCCCGGGCCCCGGCCCCGCUAAGCACAGCCCUGUCCCCGCCCCGGGCCGGCCUCUCCCGGUGCUGCCGGGACUACAGCUCCCGGCGUGCCGCGGCCGUGGGCUGGGACCUGCCGAGGUGGCCGCCGGGAGCGCACCGGGGCGGCGGGGAGCGCGGCGGAGUCAGCCCCGGCCCCGCCGAACCGAGCCGAGCCGGGCCGGGCCGGGCCGGAACCAGGCAGAGCAGCAGUGAGUGCGGACCGGGCGCGGCGGCUCCUCCUCGGUCUCUCCCGGGGCUCCGGAGCCGACCUGCGGUUCGGUGGGGCCCGGGCUGGAGGCCGAGCUCCGUUCCCGGAGCCGCGGGUGGGGGUAGCGGGAGAAGAGGCCUGGUUUGA